CAAUAUAGUGAAUAACCUGACAAAUUUCAUUGUUCUAGUUAAAAUACAGGGAACAAAUGGACACUUUCCUUUACUCUUUGCUCCCCUGGUAGAUCUAAGAGUUCUGUCGGUAGCUCUGCUUUCGCCACUUCACUCAGCUGUACUGUCUGAAACUGAAAAAAAAGUAACCGAAGCUGCAUGUCGCCCAUGGCCGCAAUUUCUCCUUCUUUGGUUCCACUUCUCUUCUUUGCUAGAAUAUUAGGCCUCGUAGUUGCAGCUUUGGUCCUCUCUUGGGCUAUACAUUUCAAGUCUAGCUUCCUUCCCCACUCUUCUUUUUCCUCCCAAGAAGACACCAUCUAUGCAGUCCUUCAUCCUUUGCUGAUGGUGAUCGGCUUCAUUCUCAUAAGUGGAGAAGCUAUUUUGAUACACAGAUGGUUGCCUGGUUCAAGGAAUUUGAAGAAAUCUGUGCACUUGUGCCUUCAAGGGGUGGCUUUAGGUUCUGGGUUUUUUGGGAUUUGGACAAAGUUCCAGGGAAAAGAUGGCAUUGUGGCUAACUUUUAUAGCCUGCAUUCUUGGAUGGGUUUGAUCUGUGUCUGCUUGUUUGGAGCUCAGUGGUUGGUGGGUUUUCUAAGCUUUUGGCACCGGAGUGAGGUGCGGACGACAAGAGCAGAGGUCUUGCCAUGGCAUAUCUUCCUUGGUCUCUACACCUAUGGCUUAGCAGUGGUCACAGCAGAAACCGGGCUGUUAGAGAAACUGACAUUCUUGCAAAGCAGAAGGAAUGUAUCGAAGCACUGUCCAGAGUCAAUGAUUGUUAAUAGUCUCGGUCUGGGGCUGGUUCUCCUCUGUGGCAUUGUCAUAUUGACUGCUGCUUCGCCUAAAUAUCAUGCUGUUCAAAGCAAACUUAUGUAUUCGUCACAUACAAAGUGGUUGUCUUCUUGAGAGAGACUAAAAA